AUGAGCGAGAACCUUUUGGGCGCCGAAUCCAGCCCCUAUCUCCUGCAGCACCAGGACAACCCGGUGCACUGGCGCCCGUGGGGGCCGGAGGCGCUGGCCGAGGCGAAGGCGGCCGACAAGGCGAUCCUGCUCUCGGUCGGCUACUCCGCCUGCCACUGGUGCCAUGUCAUGGCCCACGAGAGCUUCGAGGACGAUGAGACGGCUCAGCUGAUGAACGGGCUCUUCGUCAACAUCAAGGUGGACCGCGAAGAACGCCCCGACCUCGACACCAUCUACCAGCGGGCGCUCGCGCUCAUGGGCCAGCAGGGGGGCUGGCCGCUCACCAUGUUCCUCACCCCCGACGCCGAGCCCUUCUGGGGCGGCACAUACUUCCCGCUGGAGCCGCGCUUCGGCCGCCCCGGCUUCAAGGAUGUGCUGCGCUUGAUCGAGCAGACCUAUCGCGGCGACCGCGACAAAGUGGACAAAAACAGAACAGCGCUCGUCGAAGCGUUGCAGGGACUCGCCCGUAGUAAGCCCGGCGAGGCCGUGACCGAGGCACAAACCGAGAACAUGGCGCGGACUCUGCUGCGCGAGGUCGACGGACGCCACGGUGGUAUUGGCGGUGCGCCGAAGUUCCCGCAAUGUUCCAUGCUUGAGCUUCUCUGGCGCAGUUACUUGCGAACCGGGUCGCUCUUGAUGAAGACCGCCGUCGUACUGAGCAUGGAACGCAUGUGCCAGGGCGGCAUCUACGACCAUCUGGGCGGCGGCUUCGCGCGCUACUCCACCGACGAGCGCUGGCUUGCGCCCCAUUUCGAGAAGAUGCUCUACGACAACGCCCAGCUUCUCGAUCUGCUGUGUCACGUCUGGCAGGAGACGGGCGAGCCGCUCUUCGCCGCCCGCGCGGCGGAGACCGUGGCCUGGAUCCUGCGCGAGAUGCGCACCGGCGAGGGCGCGUUCGCGAGCGCGCUGGAUGCCGAUUCGGAAGGCGAGGAAGGCAAGUUCUACGUCUGGAACGAGGCCGAGAUCGAUGAGCUUCUCGGCGCGGACGCGGCCUAUUUCAAGGCCGUCUAUGACGUGACGCCAGGCGGCAACUGGGAGGGGAAGACGAUCCUCAACCGGCUCCUGCCGCCCGGCACCGAUGAGACGCCGGACGAGCCGCGCCUCGCCGGGAUGCGCACGAUCCUGUUGGAGCGGCGCGCAAGCCGGGAGCGCCCAGGUUGGGACGACAAGGUGCUCGCCGAUUGGAACGGCCUGAUGAUCGCGGCGCUCGCCAACGCCGCCAUGGUCUUCGGCGAGCAGCCUGGCUCGACGCCGCGGUCGCGGCCUUCGGACUAUGUCGCAGGCCCCAUGGCGGCGGGCGAUCGCUCCGCCACGCGGCCCGCCACGGCCGCUCCAAGGACGUGGAGUUCCUCGACGACUAUGCCGAGAUGGCGCGGGCGGCGCUGA